AUUAAUGUAUGACGUAGUAUGGAAAUGUUAAUUUAUAAUGUUUUACAUCAUAAAUAAGUGAUUUCGCACUAUUGUAUUAGAUAGUAUGGGCAUAGAUAUAGCGAAAUGAUGGUUUAAAAGUAAGUAAUAAAUAUAGAUGAGUAUACUAGAAGAAAUAAAGAAGCAGGUUGAGAUUGAGAUGAAGAAAAUAAAGAAAAUAUCAUCAUCAGUAGUUAAGAAACCUUUAAAUGAUGAAUAAAAAAAAGAGUUGAUUGAGUUGACAAAUUAAGGAGUAGAAUUAAAAGAGGCAGCGAAACAAUUGAAAGUAGGUUACCAUGAAGCAAAGAUAUGUAAAAAUGAAUGGAAAAGAAAGACAUUGAGUAUUUAAAGUGAGACUGAAUCAGCAAUGUAUAAUAUAAGAGCAGCAGGAGUUAAUAGUUUAAAAGAAUAUCCACGUCAUUUUGUAUUGAAAUGUUCGGUGAAUAAUAAGUUAAUAUCUGUAAGACGACUUUACAAUAGAGUGGUUUAGUAAAAAGAAUAAUGAUUAUAUAUAAAAAUACUUGAU